AUGCCAUGUGACUGUAUUCCGCUCUUAUGGAGAUGCGAUGGGAGUGUGGAUUGCCAAGAGCAUGAUGAUGAGGUGGACUGUGCUCCCCGACCCUGCAAAGAGAAUGAACUGAGGUGUGAGCGGUCAGGGGAAUGCAUCUCCUUGCACCUCAAGUGUGAUGGGUAUUCCGAUUGCAAGGAUGGCUUUGAUGAGAUCUCAUGUGAUCAUUCUAAGGUGCAGAAUGAGACGUGCAAGACUAACCAGUUUAACUGCCAGAAUGGAGUAUGCAUUGAUGACAAGCUGCGUUGUAAUGGACAUGAGGAUUGCCAGGAUGGCUCAGAUGAAAUUGACUGCAAUACCUCCCAUUGCCCAGCUGAUGAAUUCCUGUGUGAAACAGGAGAAUGCAUCAAUCAGAAUUGGAUCUGUGAUGGAGAUGAGGACUGCAAGGGAGGAGAGGAUGAACUACACUGCCCCUCAGUUGAUGCUGAAUGUCUAUCCAUUGAUGACCCUACAAAGGUCUUUUUCUGCUCCUCUGGGAAAUGCAUCAAGGCAACAUGGAGGUGUGAUGGGACUCGAGACUGUGUGGAUGGCGAGGAUGAGAAGGAAUGUGAACCAACUUGCCCUCCUCUUCAUUUCACUUGCAACAAGGGCAAAUGCAUUCCACAGCAAGAAGUCUGUGAUGGCAAGAAACAGUGUCCUGAUGGUGAUGAUGAGGAAAAGUGUGGAGCAAGGGAGAUGUGCAGUGAUGAAUCCAAGUGUGAACAUAUGUGUGUAAUUGAGGGGAAUGGAGCAGUCACAUGCCAGUGCCGACGGGGAUACAAGUUGGCUAAGAAUGGGUUCAGUGCUGAAUCAUCCAAAAUCCUGGGUGGCCUUGACAAUGCAAUUGGCCUGGAUUAUCACCAUGAGAAGGGGCUUCUCUUCUGGUCAGAUAUCAAGCUGGAUAUCAUCAAGCAAGCCUAUCUUAAUGGAUCUCACAUAUCAGUUAUUAUGCAUUGGGGGUUGAAGAGCCCAAAUGGAAUUGCUGUGGACUGGAUUCACAAUCUUCUUUACUGGACUGAUUCGGAGAUGAGCCGCAUUGAGGUUUCCCAGUUGGAUGGAGCUCACAGUGUUCAUCCACUGAGACAACCUCCAUUUCCAAACCACUGCAUUGAGUCUGAGAAAAAGUGCUCACAUCUUUGCCUGCCAAAUCAACACUCCUACACCUGUACCUGUCCAUAUGGAUCUCUCUUAGAUCAGAAUGGGGUGAACUGCAUAGAGGUGCAGGAGAAGUUCUUGCUGGUGACAAGUGAGAAGAGUAUCCAGGUUCUUCCAUUGGAGGGGAAGGUGGACUACAUCCUUCCCUUGGAUGGAAUUCAAUCUGCACUUGGUUUGGACUGGGACAGUAACACAGGAUUCAUCUUUUGGACUGAUAUCCAGCGUCAUUCCAUCAGCAGAGCUCUGAGGAAUGGUACUGAGCAGAAGGACAUAAUUACCAGCAAUCUUCGGUCUGGCCUAACCCAUCCCUUCAGUCUGGCUCUUUUUGAAAAUGAUGUCUACUGGACCGAUUUGAAGGAGAAAGCUAUAUACAAAGCGAGCAAGAGCAGUGCCCAGCCCAUCAAAUUAAAGACAGAGACAGAGACCGUUCUAGACCUUCGGGUUUACCAUGGACAACGUUUGCCCAUCCCAUCAUCAUGUGUCUCAAGUGGAGGCUGCUCUCAUCUCUGUUUGCUAGUACCACCACCAAAAGGCUAUGUCUGUGCUUGUCCCACUGGAAUCCCACUUCUUGAUGAUGGAAGGACAUGCAAGGAAAGGCCAGAACAUUCCCUCCUUGUUGCCCACCGUACAACCAUUCGUCAGGUAUCCCUAGAGGUCCCAUAUCAUGUGGAUGUAGUGUUACCUCUGCCUCUUCUCAAGAAUGCUGUGGGGUUGGAUGUUGAUCAAGUGACCAAUGAGAUGUACUGGGCUGACUCCUUAAAGCCAGCCAUUGGGAAGGCUUCUCUGAAAGAUUUCCACACCUCUGAAGUCCUGAGUCUUGGUCUUGGCUCUGUGGAUGAUCUUGCUGUUGAUUCCAUUGGGAGGAAGUUGGGUCCAUACCUCUACUGGACAGACUGGGACCGCAUGACCAUCGAGCGGGUGGAUAAGGCUACCGGAAAGGGCCGCAUUGUGAUCCACUCUGGUCUCCGUGGGCUCAUGGAGAUUCGUGCUGUGGCAGCUUCUAACCAACAAGGCUGGAAUCCAUGUGCAGAGAAUAAUGGUUAUUGUUCCCAUCUCUGCCUUCAUCGACCUCCUCAGUAUAUCUGUGCUUGCCCCAGUAUUCCUGCAUCUGAACCAUGCUCAAAUGAGCCAUCUGAGAGAGUUCCUGGCUUGGAACAUGCGAAGGACCCGAACAAGCCACACUCUAAGAGUGUCUCACACGAGAAGGAUGAUUCCUUCAUUGGGCCUGUUCUCUACAUCUCCAUUGGUCUUGUCAUCGCCCUCCUCCUCAUAGUCUCUGGUGUAUUCUGUUGCCUGAUCAGGGGGAGGAACACUAGUCUGAGUCGAAUGGGUCUUCUGUCAUUUGCUAAUCCCACCUACACUUCUUCAUCUCACACAGUCUCAUCAGAGCGGAGACCCUUUGUAUCCAAGCGGGUUCACUAUGACAGGCAUCAGGGGAGAGUGGUGAGCGUGCCAGCAGAAUCUCAGUGUUCCAGUGUUGAAGGCACAAGUCUCAUUCAUUCGGGAAGCAGUGUGAUGGAGCACAGUCCACCCGUGUCUCCAUCUUCCCGGAAGGAGGCAAGAGAUGUCACUAGUUCAGUUGUUGUCUGAUAUGUCUGACUCCAUGGAAAGAGAGUAUUCUCUACUAUCUGUCUCUCUCAACUCUGUGCUUUGUGUCUGAGAAACACUGUGCUCAAUGUGGGUGUCUUUCAUGAAAAUCCUGCACAAAGAAAGGAAGAUGCACCUAUACUCGUGCUUGUCUUAGAGCAUGAGAUCUGAGACUAUUGGUAUCCUAUUGCUUCAUGUGUUAUGUUUCUCUUUGAUGCUCAGCUCGCAUCUGCAAUGAUGGAUCUUAUGUAUUCUCUGAUGAAUUUCAUAUGUCUUCUUUGGUGUUGGACUAUAAGAAUUUCAUUUUUUAAUGUGAUAUUCUUUCAACAUGAGGCCAUAAUUUUUAUUUUAUUUUUCCAAUGUUUAAUGUCUUAUUCUUUACUUUGACAUGUUCAAGAUUUUCUUGAUGUUGUACCAAAUGCAAUUGCUGUUUUCCAGAGUUGAGCAUGUUAUUGAGAAGCCAUAUGACAUCAGUGGCAUUUUCAUGCCUAUCUUCGGUGCUAUCAAUUUGGGCAUUGAUUCUGGUUUGGAAAUUUUUUAUUAGCUUAUUUGAUGUGAAUAUUUGUUGCUUUGACAUCAGCUACUUUGUUUGCCCUUGGGAUUUUUUUCCAUGGCAGCUCCAUUUUCUCCUUGCAGAGAGUAUUUUUAUCCUCACAUAUGCAGCCCAAGUUUCAAUAAAAAGGGUGAUAUAGCUGUAAUAGUUUUAUGCAAGGGAAAGCAGAAUAUUAUGAAUCUCAAACAGAUUCAAAAGAAAUAUUAUUUGUUGAAUGUGAUCAAUGUGCUCACUUGCAUUUAGCCAGAAACCCCAGUUCCCAGAAGCUUAUAAUUAUUUUUUUGAAGUUAAAAUAUUAUGUUAUGCUGAUUGAUCUGUGUGUGAUAUUUUGAUCCAAAUCCUAGAUCUUUCUUAUUUUUUUAGUUUUUUUUUGUGAUUGCUAUUGCACUGUUCCUAUUUUUUCCUUGGAGUUUCAUAUAUGUACAAUUUUAUGUCCUGAUAACCCAAAUAUUUUUGGCAUUAUUGCAUGUAUGGCUUUCAUAUUCAUCUUCAUUCCUUCAUUUGACAUAUAUCUCAAUGUUUUUCAAAGCUGGAUUGGCUACAAGUUUGAUGCAACACUUUAUUUUCUUGGGAAUCUUCUGAGUAUGGGGGGUACAGCCUGAAAUUAUGGAUCCUUGUGGUCAGACAGGUACAAUUCUCAAAUCUAUCCGAAUUUGAGUAACCUACAUGGUGCAUUGGUUUUCUUAUGCAGACUCUUACAUUUUAGUAUGCAAUGAUGUUAGAUAUUCAAAGAUUUUUCCUGAGGGGUUUCUUUGGUCUGAUUCCCUGUCUUUUCCUGUGGGGUUGUAGAUGUUUCCAG